UUAGUCAUGUGGAACGAAAACGUGUGUAGUACACACACAAUAAACCUCGCUCGCUAGCUUUAUUUUAUAAUACAGUACAGUAUUGUCUUUUAUGUGCUGCAGCCAUGCUGUAGCCUACUAGGACUGGGGCCUAGGAUUCAAAUGGGAAAGAUAAAAAGAAAACGUUCAAAAUUCCAUCUUCCUGCUUCUGGACCAGGAAAGGGAAAUGAAGAUGGGGAUAAACAAACGGAACCAACAUAUAGUCAGAUGGAUGUGACAUCAACAGGCUUAGGGCCUAUAUUUCCAACUAAAGGCCUUUUCAACUUUAAGAACUUUGAUUUGGCAAAUGUUAACACCCAUCUGAAUGUAGAUAAUGAUGACACAAGAAGUUUCAUAUCAAAAAAGAGUAUUGGAAUAGGACAACACUUGAGAAAGAAAGAUAAGAUGAAAAUUCGACAUGAGAAAUGGUUAGAGAAAAUUCAAAAUGUGAAAACAGCGAAAAAGAAGAAAGCCGAUGCUAAAAAAAGAGCAAGUACAGCUAUCGUUGGUGACCUUCAACCUUUAACAGAUGCCCUUCCAGAACUCUCUGAAAUCCUACAAUUAACAACAAUAAAAAAGUCAAAUGCUGAGAAACAUGCUGCCAGGUUAAAGACAAAAACAAGUACCUGGAAAUCUGGGGAUCGACAGAAGCUUGUCAUGAAUGAACUGGCCAACUUCAAACAGGUUCUCAAUCAUACUGCAUUCAAAUCAAAUGCUUUAGCAGCCAUAAACCAACAUUUAAAGAACACGAUUCAAAAUGAAAAAGACAAGAUGGAUGACGGAUGAACAGUUUGUGAAAUUAACCUACAAUUUAAAGAUUUGUAGGACAAAACUGUCCAACAGCCUGCAACCUGAUAUGUUGCCGGCUGUAUUAUGUGCCAUAGUGUUUUUAGUUUUAAUCUGAAUCAUGAACAGAAAUAAAAUACAGUAUAAGGUCA